AUCUGCUCUCAAAACUUAAUCGCACCUCCUUCUGCAUGAAUUACUGUAUCAAUGCAGCGUGGCAUGGAGGUGACCAGCCUGUUGCUCUGCUGAGGUGUUCCAGAAGCUCAGGUUGCUUUAUUAGCAGCCAUUAGGGGCUCCAAGAUUUUCCCGUAGACGGUUGCGCUGACCUUAACCUUGAUAAAUCAAUGUAUGUUCAGGAGGGGUUGCAAAACUUUAUUCAUUUUUUAUCUUUAUAAAUACAUAAUUUUUGUAAUAUCUUUUUUGGCAUUAGUGGCCCUUAUGUUGUAAGUUGACCAACAGGAAACAGGGUGGAGAGAGAGAGGGAAAGACAGGCAGCAAGGGUCAGCGAGGUCGGGACUUGAACCUGCAACAACUGCAUUGAGGAAUGUAGCCUACGCCUUUGGGUGAUGCACUUUACCCCUGUGCCACCGCCACAUCCAUUUACAUUUCAAGUGAAUCGCCCCUCUCAUUUACUCUUUAUUCACCCCCAUACAACAUGAUUACAAAUGCUUGUAAAUGCAUGAGUCUUCUUCAGCCUCAUUUCUAAAUGUCUUUUUUGUGUUUUUUUUUUUUUUUUUACAUAAAACCUGCAACAGUUAAACCAGUUUGUUAUCAACAUGUCUGCUACUGCCCUGCAGUGACAUUUUUGGGUGACAAAGUAAGGAUCUGAAACUGUUGCUCCUCAUCAUAAAGCCGCUGAGGAGAAUUUAUCAAUGGAUUUUUGGGAUUUAAGACCAAGGAAGAAAUUGUCUACAAGUAAUGCUGCAACAUUCAGCAAACAAAACCACAUGACCCGCUUAGAUUGGUUUCUCUCUGUUCAACAGCUGCAGAUGUUCAGUCAGAAUCAGCGGAAUCUGAGGAGAACCAGUCUGGCAUCAACAGCACAACAACUGUAGCCAGGUAGUUCUGGAAGUCGGUGAGCCCAGUGGACUCCCAGAUCUGAGUAGAACAUCUUCAAGUUUCUGGCAUCAUGAAUCUGAUAUAAUGAGCCAACAUGAAGCAGAAGAGAUCAGAAACCUGGUGAAACAUAAGCUUCUCAAAAUCUCAGAAUUAAGAUAGAAAUCUUUACAUGAUUACAAUGUUUUCAUUCAGUGCUGCAGAUCUUUUUUAGUCUAAUUCUUCUUUCCAACAUCAUUCCUGCAUGUUCAUUUCUUAUAGUACAAACAUUUGUUUCAAUAUCCUGCUGUAUGACUGAAUAAAAUGAUAAACGUUUCCCGUCACUGUUUUAUAUUCCCACCAUGUUUGUUUGCUUUCAGACUACCUUAUUAAACCAGAUAUUCACAAUAACUCCAUAAUUACAGCCUGUGUUGUGCGAAGAUCAUUUAGCCCAUUUUAUUAAAGGUUCUUGGUAUUGGCCCCUGUGUUGUUGCUGUAGUGUUGCAGGGUCAUUGGUGUGCUUAUGUAUUACCUAUAAAACCAUAAUUAGACUAUUAAUUGAUCUUCCAGAACCUAAUUUUUUUAUACUUAGUCAUAAUGAGUUAUUGCUGAUGAAUCCAUUAAUUAUUAUUUAACAGUUGCAGCUGCGAUUUUGAACUUUUAGACAUAAAAGUGAUAAAUGUCCUAAUAAAUUCCCUGAUAAAAGUUCUGAUAAAUGUCCUGACAAAUCACCAGCUGCAAAAAAUAUCUCAACCAUAACUCAGAAUCCUGCAGCAGCCAGCACUGAGUCUGUCUGUGUGUGUGUGAAAGCAUCUUAUGGUUCAGUGCAUGUGUGCGUGUGGAUCAUGCUGUGUGUAUGUGUGUGUGUGUGUGUGUGUGUGUGUGAGUGGGUGCAGAAAGGCGGAGGUGGAUAGGGGGGCGGUCCCUGGACCAGCUCCAUCCCACCUCGGGAACACCAACCAGGUGCAGCGGCUCCUUCCUCCUCCUCCUCCCGGAGCUAGGUGACUCUGAGCGCGGUGCAGAGACGGAAGAAGCCGCAGUGUGGAGCAGAGAUGUGGGUGUACUGAUUAAACAGUCCGCUGUGUCUCUGUGGGCUGGCCGGAUAACCGAUUGCAGCCGCGUCCUCCUCCGGCUGCGGAGCUCCGUGUCCCUCCCGGAUUUCCAAAGCGCUGUCCGGAUGGCUGGACACCACUGCGAGGACUGGUUCGAGCGGGAGGAGUUCAUCGGACAGAUCAGCGACAUCCGAGUGCAGAACCUGCAAGUGGAAAGAGAGGUGGUUCAGAAGAGGACCUUCACACGAUGGAUGAACCUGCACUUAGAGAAGUGUGACCCACCCCUGCAGAUCCAGGAUCUGUUCCAGGACAUUCAGGAUGGAUACGUCCUCAUGGCCCUGCUGGAGGAGCUCUCUGGCUGCAAAUUGCUUCACAGCUUCAAGAAGUCCGCACAUCGGAUUUUCCGGCUCAACAACAUCGCCAAGGUGCUGUCUUUCCUGGAGGAGAGAAACGUGAAGCUGGUCAGCAUCGAUGCGGUCGACAUCGCUGAUGGAAACUCCUCCAUCAUCCUUGGACUCAUCUGGAACGUCAUCCUCUUCUUUCAGAUCAAAGAGCUUACGGGAAACAUCCGGAGCCAGUUCCCCUCCUCGUCCAGCUUGUCAUCCAUACCCACCAGCUCCGACUCCGACACGUCCUUCAGCAGCACGCCAUCAGAAGAGCGACAGUCUGCAGCCAUCACCAUGAGGGAGAACAGCAAGGCCAUCAAGAAGCUGCUGCAGUGGAUCCAGAGGAGAACCCGGAAGUACGGGGUGGCUGUGCAAGACUUUGGGAAAAGCUGGACCAGUGGUCUGGCCUUCCUGGCAGUCAUUAAGUCUAUUGACUGCAGUCUGGUGGACAUGAGGAAGGCCAAGCUGAGGACUCCCAGAGAGAACCUGGAGGAUGCCUUCAGGAUAGCUCACUACAGUUUGGGAAUACCUCGACUGCUGGAACCUGAGGACAUGGCUAUAAACGCUCCGGAUGAGCAGUCCAUCAUCAUGUAUGUUUCACAGUUCCUGGAGCACUUCCCCGGCAUACAGGAGUCCGAGGAACCCUCCCAGCUGAUUGAACGAAGUCUCUCCAUGGGCAGACUCAACUUUCGUGACAUUGACUCGGAGCACAUGAGGAACGGAGCUCAUCACGGCAGAGUGAAGCAGCGUUCCUACAUGUUCCAGAAGGACGCAACCCAACCUCCACCCAAAGUCUUGAUUUCCUCAGUGUCAGAGGACAGAAGUGUCCUUGAGCCACGUUUCAGGGUGGCUGCGGCUCGAUCGUGGUCCAGUGAAGACAUUUUAUCAGACUCCCCCCACACUGAAGACCUCUCCCGCACUAUGGACGUAAACUCCAGAGAGCCUGGCAGCAAUGUCUUGCAGGACUUUGAUUCCCCUGAGCAUCCCUUCACUCACUCACCCUCAUCAGUACCAGAGUCGCUGAUUGGUGACUCUGCCAUCAACUCUCCAGACUCCUGGAUUGAGGGUGAGCUGAAUCCUGACAGGUUCUGUGAGAGUCGCAGUGACAGUUCUUUAUGUGACAGUGGGACGGCUUGGGAUGUUUACCGGGCCACACCAGUGGAGGUAACUCCAUAUGAUGAGGGAUUUAUCUCCUCCGUUGAGGAUCGAGCUCCUGAUGAGUCCAUUUUUGAGACAUACAUUGAUGAAAGCAUGAGCUCCCUGGGCAGAAAUGAUAUGCAGACUGUGAGAAACAAAGAGGAAGAGGGGAAGGAGAAACAGGAGAACACUGAGACUGAAUACCUGGACCCAGAACCAGACCUGGCAGCUGAUCUUAGAGAAACGAAACAUGUAGUUGAAACUUCUCUUCAACAGGACAAAGUUCCCAAAGAACAAAAACCAUUAGAUAAGCUGUGUGAACCAGAAGGACUGGACAGCUCUGGUGCUGGAGAUCUCCUUCAGAAAUCGGAUCAGCUGAACCAGUUUGAGCCCAUCUUCUCCACUGAACCCCCUGAUGAAGUAAACAGUGCUGAAGAGAUCCCUAUGAAAGAACAGGACAGAGAAGGAAGCUACCAGGAUGAAAAGCUUAACGGUGAAAGAGAAUGUCUGGAGCAAAGGUCUCCGGAGGAAACUAGAGGUCAAAUAACUCAUUCAGCCCCGGAGGAUGAAGUAGAGGAGUUAGGAAAAAAGUCAGAAAGUUUAAAGGAAGGGAACGACUCAGCUAUCGAAAGCCUAGAGGUUUUAGGAGACUCCUCACAGUAUAAAGAAAGCAGCAACUCAGAAACAUUAGAUAAACAUUCAGCCAACGGUGACACAACGUCCAAACCAAGUCUGAACAUUCCUCUGAUCUCCAUCACCAGUGAGCCAGAGGAACCGGACGAAGAGACAGAAUCUUACCCAGGAAUACUUGAUCAGGACGAGCAUAAAGAUAAGCAGAAAAACACAAAGGUCCAGAGUUCCCAAAGUCCAGAUCCACUAAACAUUGUUUGCAGUAAGGAUGAUGGACAAGAACCACCAGAGAUCCCAUCCAGUUUAAUGCCUGGAAACAAAAUACAAACGAGAGACCCAGAAAGAGAGUCUGUAAAUGAUCCAGGUGACCAGGAUGGCAGCUAUGGGACACACUCAGAAGGUAACGAUGAAAGCAGAGACAAACAGAAGGAACGGUUUCCUGGGAAAGAAGGUGAGAAUGUUUCAGAUCAGUGUCCUUCAGCAAACACUGACACCCAGACGGAGAAUCCUGGCGGCAGGAAUCAGUCUGAUGGACACCGGGGCAAACCGACUGAAAGGGAGACAGAGAACAGCCCACAGAACCUGCUGGAUUCAUUUGAUACUUGUCAGAACAUUCUGGAUUCUCGUUCUCAGAAGCUGAAUGGUCAAAUGGGAACACCAUUUUUGGAACCAGCAGAUUUACCCAGAAACUUGGACCAGUUUUCCUCUGACUCUGAUAGACGUUCUUCAACAGAGGAUCUGGUCGGUGACCGAAUAGAACCUAUGGAUCUGUUCUACCCCGACAAAGAGGAGUCCAUUCUUCCAGAACCUCCUGACAUUGAGAUGCAGAGGUGGCCUUCGGUUUUGAGCGUUUCUGCUCUUCAACCAGCGCCUCCUUCAGACAGACCAGAGGACCUACAGGUGGACUUGCUGGGUGAAGACUUCCUGGGUGGAGGAGAGCAAGAUCAUGUGAUCAGUCAGACCAAUCAGACACCGUCCGACCCGCCUCCAUCCCAGGAGCAGUGUGUAAUGUGUGGAGUGAACAUCGGAGCUCCGCAGGCCGCUGACGUUUCAGAAGCAGACAGUAAAGGAAGCUCUCUGAGGAUUGACUCCAUCAGAACGGAUGAGAUCCACAUCCCUCCGGUACUCCGACACAGGAAGGGAGCUCGCAUCUCAGAGUCCAUGGACAAACAUAGAGCUGUACCCAGAACAGCUGAACGUGAAGACACUGAUUUAUGGUGGAGGGAGAACUGGGAGCUGUGUGUGCUGCUGCUGCUGUGGCUGCUUCUCUACUCCUUCAUGGUUCUUCCUCAGAUGGACCUGAAGACGCUGCCGAGCCUGCUGCUCAACCGAUAAACACACACACAAACACACUUACUAAAACACCCUUAGUAAAACUCACAUUAAAACCUCUGACACAGAGUCAGAGCUGAGCUGCCAUCCUCCUCUUCAUCACUGAGUGCCCUCCAGAUUAAAUGAAGGCUUUUUAUUCUUAUUUUCUGACUGAAUACAUUUUGUUUUUGGUUUACUUUUGUAAAAAAUACGGUGUCAUAUAAGAGUUCAGCUUUUAUGUAAACAAUGAAGUAAACAAAUGUAAAUUUACAGAUUUAUGAAGUUGGGAGACUAAACUGUCAAACUAAAGCUGCUGCUUUAUAUUUAAAUCACUCACAUCUGUUUAGGGGAAGAGCAACACAUCUAGUAAUCAGACAGAAAGAAGGCCUAAUUCUACAAAAAUGAUGAACAGUUUCUGUUUAACUGCCGAGAAAACGCAUUACAGGGACAUUUUAUUUAAAAAAAACAAUAAUUAUCAACAAAAUUUUUGUUUUUUGAUAGAAACUGUGAAAAUCUAAACUUCAGUUCUUUAUUGACCGUUUUUAAUAAAUCCAUGCCAUUUACAGUCUCAUAAGCAUGAAUUAUUGAUUUAGUCAUCCAUAUUCAAAGUAGGCUUUUGCUUAAUUUUACUCAUAUUUGCCUUAUAAUUUUCUUGUUUGUUGUAAGAUCACACUACAGAUACUGCUGCUUAAUGCCAUUACUAAAUCAGGACUGCUGUUGUAACUUGUCAUAUGUCUGAUGUUGUGAAAUAUUUUAUUUUGAAAUGUUCCUUUUGGGCAGAUGUGUUAAGAGCAACAGAAAUGUAAAUACUGAAGAUGUAUGAAAUGAAAGAAGAUUUUAACUCAGAUGAUGAAUGAGAUUACAGUCUCUCUGCAGAAUGUGUAAUGAGUCACAGUAACAGCUGGAGGAAGAGAAGGUGGUUUUUCCCACAUUCAAACCUGUAAUCUGUUCCAGUUUGUCAGUAGAGUGAUUUAAAGGGCCUUAGAAAUAUAUUCACACCCUUAAAGUUUUCCACAUUUUGUCACAUCACAACCUCAAAAAUCACUGUGUUUCAUGGGUGCAACACACAUUGUGCAUAGGAAGUAAAGUGAUUCAUGGUUUUCAAAGCGUUUUACAAAUGAAAAUCUGAAAUCAGUAUGAUCUGAGUUAAUAUUUUGUAGAGCCACCUUUUGUUGCAUUUACAGCUGCAUGUUUUGGGGGUUUAGGUCCCUACCAUGUUUUCUGUGUUCCCUAAAUGGCUUGUAGUUCACUGGAAACAGGACUUUGUUUGGCUUUUUUCAGCUGAGGACAGAAAAGCCAUAUUUGUGGAUGGCACAACUGUUAGUUGAUCUGUUGAUAGUGUCCCUGCAGGUCCUCCAGAAUUACCAGUUUAGGUGGACAGCCUUGUCUUGGUAAGUUUACAGUUGUGCCAUCGUCUUUCAUUUUUCAGAUGAUGGAUUGCACAGAGCUCUAGGAGAUAUUCAAAGCUUGGGAUAUUGUUUUAUCGCCUAACCUUGCUUUCAUCUUCUCCACAAUUUUCUACUUGACCUGUUUGUUCAAAAAUGUGCUGUAAGAAGCUAAAUGACAUUCACAGGAAGCUGUAUUUACACUGAGGUGACAGGGCCCAGCUGAUUAGCUACUGUUUGUACUGGAUUAUUAGGGGUAUCAGAGAGAUUUUAAUAUGUAAAAAAACAUUGAAAACAUUUUAUUGUCUCCCUCUACUUCUCCACUGCUCUGUGUCAUAUAAAUGUCACAAUAAAAUACACUGACGUUUUUAAUUGUAAUCUAACAAAAUCAGAAAAAUACUUUUGAAAGGUAUGGAUGAGCACGUAACUUCUAGGAGGAGAAAAAUCCGAAGGAGAAUAUAAUGUUAAAAACUGAAAUAACAGUAAACAAUGCAAGGUCACUGAAUCUGACCUGCAACAAUCAACGGUCUGAGCAUGCUCAGUUUGGUCAAUCAGGCAUUAGAAGUUAUGACUCUGAUGAUCAGAAUGUGAACAUAUGUGAAUGUGACAUAAUUUAAAGGUUUCAUCACACAAGAAUAUUCAAAAUUGAUCAAAAUCCCCCUUUAAUGCAAGUAAAGAUUUGGAUUACAAGUUAAUAAAUGGAUCCAGGGUGGCAUCCUGUUGCUUGCGCAAUGUUACUGUUUGUUAAACUGGGAAGACUUACAGUUCCUGCUCAUUUACUGUGACUCGGGACAUUUCCAACAAACAUUCUUGUUAACAUUGAGAUUGAACUGUGAUAAAAGACUGAAGCAAGAUGUAGAUGAUCAGUUCUAGAUUUUCUGUAUGUUUGUAAGGUUUGAUAGAGCCUCUAUGUGCUGCACCUUGUAAACAGGAAAUCUGAAGAAGCAAACUGCCAAAGAUCCUGUUGGAUGCAUUAAUUCACCAGCAGAUGCACAUCAGGUCACUGGUUUCAGCAGGUUUAACCGUGUGGUUUUACAAGACUAAGUGGGAAUGUUUGUGGAUCCUAAAAUGGGUGGAUGGAUUUUUGAGUAUAUGUUUGAAAACUUAUUUUUUACUUAAUUUCUGUGUGAAACCACCAUCAAACACUAAACAUUAAUCAUUCUUCUUAUCACCAUAAAGCUUUUCCCUCCAUCUGAGUUAAAUACAGCAGCUCCUAUGUCCACUGGGGGGCAGCAGAGAGGCUGCUCGUCACAGUUCAUCUUCAUCACUACUGUGUGCCUGCUCUAAAUUUACUAUUUACACAACUUUGUACUAAUUGUACACUUAUUACGGACGGAAGUCUGUCAUCAGCCUCAACAUUAGAACCACUGGGAGGAGAAAUAAUGCACUUCCAGUCAGAGGAACCUUCAUGUUGUCACAUACCCUCCAGACCCCCACGACCCGGCUCCAACACGACUCCCGCUCAGGGACGGUUCCAGAAAUGCAAAAGAGACCGAUCCUAACAGUGACACCUCACUGAGACCCCGCUCAACACCCCUCAGGACCCACAACAUACACAGCCCACAUCCCACAGAUGUCCUGUGUGCAUACUGUUUGACCUACUCCACAUAAGGAAACUGGUUUUAAUGUUAUGGCUGUUUGUUGCACUGUUAUUAUAAAAUAAAUAUAUGUAAGGUUUUUGUAGAAAUGUUAAAAACCACUGAAAUUCUGCAUUUAAUAUCCUGUUUUAUUUGCAUUUAAACCAGCAGAAACCAGCCAGUGUGAGUGAAUUGAGUAUAUUUUAUGUAUAUUAUUUACCUUAUUAGGUUGUUGCUGAUGCAUUAAAGUGCUCCUAAUAUGGAAAUUAA